AUGGUCGUCUCCCGCACGUCCAAGAUGCUCGCGUACAUCAACUACCGAAUGCGCGUCACGAUCGUGGACGGGCGCCAGAUCGUGGGACGGUUCAUGGCGUUCGAUCGCCACAUGAACAUCGUGCUCGGCGACGCGGAGGAGUUCAGAAAGCUCCCGCCGAAGAAGGGGCUCACGGAGGAGGAGCGCCAAGUCCGCCGCGUCCUCGGAUUCUUGCUCCUGCGCGGCGAGGAGGUGGUCUCCCUCACGGUGGAGGGGCCGCCCCCGCAGGAGGACAAGCGCGCGCAGGCGCAGCAGGCGCCCCCGGGCGUGGGGAUCGGGAAGGCCGCGGGCCGGGGGAUGCCGGGGGUCGUCCCGGGGACGGUCCCGGGCGCGCCCCCGCCGGGGCUCGCGGGGCCGGUGCGCGGCGUCGGCGGCGCGAUGGGCGCGCACAUGAUGCCGCAAUUCUCGGCUCCCCCGAUGGCUGGCGGGAUGCCCCCGGGCAUGCCGCCGCCCGGGUUCAGACCGGGGAUGCCGCCGCCGGGGAUGCCGCCUCCCGGGUUCCGGCCGGGGAUGCCGCCGCCGGGGAUGCCGCCGCCGGGGUUCAGGCCGGGGCCGCCGGGGCCGCCGCCGCCGUGA